AUGGAUCCGUUCCGCAACCCUCCACCCGACAGCCUAGCCGCGGCCCGGCUUCAUGUGCAGGCCCUCACCGACUGCGGUCUCCCACGAGAGGCUCUGCUGCGAGCCCUUCUCGAGAACUAUGGCCCCAGCGAAGCUGACGCCCCGAUGAGCAUGGAGAUGGACGCGGGGCAUCAAAACCAACCGCAACAAGAUCAGCAGCAGCAGCAGCAGCAACUGCAGCAACUGCAACAAAAUCCUCUGUUAGAAAAGAUGGCCGGCGCCACCUACAAUACUCGGCUAUCCGUGUCAACGACGAGCUCCCGGUCAUCAGGAAGGGCGAGUGUCCUCUCCACAGCAGCGUCAGUGAGCUCAGUUUCGACACAGGCAACCCAAGAAAUGCCGCCGCCUCUAACUUUACAGACGCCCACGUCGGCGCCCGCCCCCGCGCUGACGCCGGCGCCCGUUGCCGCGAAGAGCAACAAUCGAGGAACGUCCAAACCCCAGGGCGCCUACUGGUGCACCUUUUGCGAUGUCGCCUUCCAGCGCAAGUUCGACUGGAAGCGCCACGAGGAAGAAUUCCACGAGCGGUACAAGCGGUAUCCGUGCCCGAAUUGCAACCGUAUCUUCUGGGGCGCCAAUUCCUUUAACCAGCACCACAAGAACGCCCACGGCUGCACAACAUGUCCACACGCCGAUGCGGUGGUCAGGUAUACGCAUCGCAAGCAGGCAUGGGCCUGCGGCUUCUGCGGCGGGUUUCUCAGCUCGCGGGAUCGUUAUUUCGAUCACGUCGCCCGUCACUACGAGGACGGCUGCAACAAGCAGCACUGGAACCACUCCCUCGUCGUCUACGGGUUGUUGCACCAGCCCAUCAUUAACCACGCGUGGAAGGAGCUGGAUGCCGCUCUGUACGGUCACCUGCCGCGCGGCCAACAACCAAUGCUCGAGUGGAAUAUAGAAUUGACGGGGCAUGCCCAGGGGUUUCUGGAAGGAGAGAGCCCGGGGAAGCUGCAAGACCUCCUCGAGUUCUUCAACGAGACGCGCGACGAUCCGCGAUUCCUCGCCCGCCUGGCUCACGACCAAGCCGUGAUUCUCUUAAGACAUGAGAUGCCCUCACCGGUCGCAUCUACACCUGCCCCUCGGCCCAUCUCAGAGCCCCCAAAGCCGAGGCCAAAGCCAUCCAUGGCGUCAUCAACGAAACAUUUGUCAACGCCCCAGCACGGUAGUAGCAUAACCCGGAAAUACGAUGGCCAUCCGAUACUGAAGAGGCAGCGCAGCAUAGCACCUGCUCCAUCCAACUUCUCGAGGCCCCACGUCUUGCCGGGGACUUCUCACCAGCUCGACCAGAGCACGCUCAUGUCGCCGUUCCCGCAGACUAUCUUGGAGGCCCCGGAAGGGGAUUUCUUUGACAUGGCCGCUGCUCAGAUGCAGCAAGCGCAGCAUCUCACUGGCCAACAGCAACAUCAUCCACAUCCGCAGCAGCACCAACAACCAUCACAUCAACGACACCACAACCCAAACCACUUGACCACCAUCCCAAACCUACACAAUAGUAUAUUUGAGGACUGGAGCAGCAUAGCGGCGACGGUCGUGGACGAAUCAGCCUUUUCCAUGAGCGAGGGGUGGGAAACAGAUCUCGGGAGUCCCCACCCCAGGCCGGGUGGCUGA